AGGAUGGGUGGUUUUGAUGACUACAAGCCUGUCGUGGCCAUGUUUGGCCUGCAGUUCACUUAUGCAGCUCUUGCUCUGUUCGCUAGAGCUUCUCUUCUACAAGGGUUGAGCCCCAGAGUCUUUGUUGUGUAUAGACAAGCCACGGCCACACUCUUCAUUUCACCUGUUGCCUUCUUGUGGAGGAAGUCUCACAAUACUUCGUUGGGAUUAAAGAGUUUCUCUUGGAUAUUCUUGGCAUCUCUCAUUGGGAUAGCAAUCAAUCAAAUCAUGUACUUGGAGGGUAUGUACUUAACCUCAUCAUCGAUGGCUAGUGCAUCUGGCAACCUCGUCCCUGCAACCACAUUUCUGGUGGCAUCCACUCUUCGAAUGGAGAAGAUAAAUGCAAGAAGUCUAAGAAGCAUUGCCAAGAUACUGGGCACCGUAGUCUGCGUUGGUGGAGCCAUUGUGAUGGCGUUGCUCAGGGGACCAAAGCUUCUAAAUGCAGAGUCCCAUCGACAUUCAAGGUCUAUUUUUGCUUCUGAAGGCGACGGUUGGUUGCAGGGUUGCGUAUUUCUCGUUGGAAGUGCUUGUUGCUGGUCGAUUUGGCUGAUUCUUCAGGUCCCAAUGUCGGCAAGCCAUCCUGAUCAUCUAUCCCUAUCGGCUUGGAUGUGUUUUAUGUCCACAAUUCAAUGUGCAGUCAUUACAUUAUUCCUAGAACAAGAUCCUGAAGCAUGGAAGAUCCAUUCCAAGCUCGGAAUAGCUGCUAUUCUGUAUGCUGGAAUUGUAGGAUCUGGAAUUUCUUACUUCGUCCAGUCAUGGUGCAUUUCCCAAAGAGGCCCUCUCUUCUCCGCAAUGUUCAACCCUCUAUGCACUGUUAUAGUAACCAUUUUGGCUACUAUAUUUCUGCACGAAGAAAUAUAUAUCGGAAGCUUGGCAGGUGCAAUUGGGGUAGUAGCUGGUUUAUAUUUUGUGCUGUGGGGUAAAGCUAAAGACCAUGUCGAGAUCAAUGAAGAGACAGAGCCCAUUCUUCAAAUUGAUCGUGCUCGCACCGUGAAACCAUCUGCUGAUGGUUCGUCACUGGAGAAGCCGUCAAGUUGUAAAUGCGAUUUAUCAGAACCUCUUUUAUCAGAUAUAUCAUCUGAUGAAACGAACCCUGUCUAGAUCGACAAGUUUUGCGAAUUUCCUUUAUGUAUUUGAAU